AUGGUGGGCUCAUCUGCUAAAGAAUCUGCGAGUGACUCUGCAUCGUCGAAACCGCGCAUAAAUUCUCCCCCCUCGAAGCGACCUAGAGACUCUGGUGACGACGACGACAUCGAUGCCUCCAACAUUGUAACCCCUCGGCCCAAGCACCCUCAAUACAAGCCCGCCUCAUCCGUGUCCUCUUACGCGUCCUCGUCCAUGGCAUCCAAGGCGUCGCGGACCAGCUCGCCCACGAAACAAAUCCUCCAAGCCGAGCUGCAGACAAUGGGCUUUUGCCAAGCAACCUUUGCAAGCGACCCUCUGCCACGGACGCUGGCGUCUCUCCGCCGCGAUCUGAGAUCGACAUGA